ACACGAGCCAAUCGGAGCGCGGGCGCCGAUUUAACAACAUGGCGGAGCCUGUCACCUUAGCGGCAUCGAGCGCGCCGGGCUGUGCGAGCCGGAGGAGCGGGGACUGUGCCGAGGAGGACAUGACGGAGCCGGCGGGAGACGACGCGGAGCCGCUCGAGCGCCUGGUGGAGCUGGGAGUCCCGGAGGAGGAGAGGGAGGAGGACGCGGAGCUGGCGGCCGAGGCUGAGGCCGUGGCCGCCGGCUGGAUGCUCGACUUCCUCUGCCUGUCUCUGUGCCGGGCCUUCCGCGAUGGCCGCUCCGAGGACUUCCGCAGGACUCGCGACAGCGCCGAGGCUAUUAUUCAUGGACUACCCAGUCUUACAGCUCACCAACUGAGAACCGUAUAUAUAUGUCAAUUUCUGGCAAGAAUUGCAGCAGGAAAAUCCCUUGAUGCACAGUUUGAAAGUGAUGAGCGCAUUACACCCUUGGAAUCAGCCCUGAUGAUUUGGGACUCAAUUGAAAAGGAACAUGACAAACUUCAUGAGGAAAUACGGAACUUAAUUAAAAUUCAGGCUGUAGCUGUUUGUAUGGAAAAUGGCAGUUUUAAGGAAGCAGAAGAAGUGUUUGAAAGGAUACUGGGUGAUCCAGAAUCUCACAUGCCUUUAGAAAGGAAAUUACUUGUGGUACUCUCUCAGAAAGACACAUUCCACUCCUUUUUUCAACGCUUCAGCUAUAACCACAUGAUGGAGAAAAUUAAGAGUUAUGUGAAUCAUGUGCUAAAUGAAAAAUCAUCAACAUUUCUAAUGAAGGCAGCAACAAAAGUAGUGGAAAAUGAAAAAGCAAAGAGACUAGCUUCCCGUGAUAAGCCAAGUGCUACUAAUACUGAAGUUGAAGUUAAUUUGAAUAAAGGAAAACGUGUUAAUGGCCAACAGUCUACAGAAACGGAAUCCUUAGUGGAUACAGAAUCCUUAAUAAGGUCUCACAAGAAUGUCUUGUCUAAGCUGAAACAUGGCAGCAGUCAACCAGAUUUCAAUAAUAAAGAAGCAAGAAUGACAGCUAUUCAAAGUGAGAUAACAACAAAAAGAAACGUAAGAACCGCUGGAAGCAGCACAUUAUGUAUGUCAAAGAAUCAGCCAGACAUAAAUGGACAACACAGGCGUAAGAAAAAACAGGCAUGGCUUUGGGAAGAGGACAGAGUUUUGAAGUGUGGUGUAAGAAAAUAUGGAGAGGGAAAUUGGGCUAAAAUACUAUCACAUUAUAAGUUUAACAACCGAACAAGUGUUAUGUUAAAAGACAGAUGGAGAACAAUGAAGAAACUAAAACUGAUUAGUGGAGACACUGAAGGUUAAAUGGGUUUGUCUCCGCUUAAUAAAAGGACAGUUAAAUAUACUUGAAUCACUACAUUUUGUUUAAAAUUUUAUGGUCUGUGAUGUAUAUUAAUGUUUUAUUUAAAGAAUUAUUUUUUGUAUGUGUCAUAGUUUUGUUACAGGAGAUUUAUGCUGUAAAAGUAAAAUUAUAUGCCAUCAUUAUUUUCUUUAAGAAUCUUUAUUUUUCUAAAAUGUAGUUAUGUUGAGCCCUACCAGAUUAAGUACCCCCUCCCAAGUCCUGUUUUAAUCCAAAAAGAAGAGCCUGAUAAGAUAAAAAGUAUUUAUGGCUAUUUCUGUUUGCUCUAUUCCAUGUCUGUAAACUAACCUUACAAAAAUGCCACAUAGAGAUGAAUAUUUUUAAAGAACCAAACUGAAAUAGUCUUUUGAUGUGACUUUGUUGCUUGAUUUAUAGCUAAUGUUCUAAUUAUUGAAGAUUUAUUACUAGAGAGAUAAAUGUUCAAAAUGACCCAUGAAUUCUAAAAAGCUUGAUUUCUCUCAUCUAAAGGAAGUUUCACUUAAAGGAAGUUGGCUUUUUGUUGAAUUUAUUCAUUAUAAUAUUUAGUCAAAGAAUAAUUAGCACUUUGACUUUUUUAUUUGUAGCAAGUGAAUAAAAAUCUCAACCUAUUGAAAUAUUUACAAUAGAAAUACAGUAUUAUGUAAUGCCUCCAAUUUUUCUUAAAAGUGUCAUGCAUUGUUUUUCUAUUCUUGAAUUUAUGUUUUCUUAUAUGCACAAUAAACAGAAACAUUAAUAAUUGC